AUGAAGGCCUCAACCACCGCCGCCGUGCUCGCGCCGGCUGCUGCUAACGCUCAAUGGUGGGGCGGCGCCCCUGACUGCGCUCAAGAGUGCUUCUCCUCGCUGUGGGACUCGGCCACCACCUGGCCGGCGCCGACGAGCUACUGCGGGGCCACACAAGCCCCCUCCGUUUACACCUGCAUUGAGUCGGCCUGCUCGGCCACUCCGACCGCCGUGACCUCGUACAGCUCCCUGUCCUCCUCUCUCUGCUCCCAGUGGUCCUCGUGCAGCUCGGCCGGCGCCACGGGCGUAUAUACCAUCUCUGCACCAGCUUUUACCGGCGCCUGGGGACCGGGCAGAUACGGCGGGCCGGGCGGGCCGCACGGCCCCGGGGGUAGGUGGGGCGGGUACGGUGGCGGCGGCGGGCAAAACGCGCAGGACGUGGACGGCGACGGCGACAUUGACUCGGACGACUGGUCCUCGUACACCCGAACAUGGACCGGCGGGGUCUACACCGUUACCGGCUGCGAGUGGAACGGCAACGUGUGGGCUGGCGGUCCCGGCGGGUGGGGCCCCGGCGGCAACAACGGCGGCGGCGGCCCCUGGGCUCCCUGGGGCAGGGGCUGGGCGUGGAAGACGGAGACGGUGGACACCGUUACGGCCGUCAUCACGGGCUCCGCCGGUUCCCUCUCCACCUCGGUCGGGCCGGCCACUGUUGCGUAUGGCUCGAGUGGCAGUCUGACCACGACGAGUCUGGUCACUGCCGCCCAGGCUCAGCAGACAGACCCCCCCGUCCAGCAAGGCGCUGCUGCUGCCCCUGCUGAUGCGGCCCUCGGUGUCAAGGCUGUGGGUGUUGCCCUUGGUGGUGUGCUGGUUGUUGUUGGCCUGCUGUGA